AUGCAUCGGUCCUAUGACGGCCGUUCAGCCUCGCGGGGCUCAAAUCAUGGCAAUAGUAGUGCCUUCAGUGCCAACGCCAACGCCAACGAGGACUGGACCAAGAUCUCUGACUUGGCGGAGCGCCGUCGCAUCCAGAAUCGCAUCGCCCAGCGAAAUUACCGCAAGAAGUUAAAGCGUCGCCUGGAGGACCUGGAGCGACGGGCUGCGACGUCGCCAUCGCCUGAAGAACCCCCCGCAGACCCCGUGCCUCCCAAGGCCCCAGUCAAGACUCGAACAAGACAGCGCGCCCCCAAGACAUCUGGGGAGCCUAAACCACCGUCGCAAGCUCCAGAGCGGCCUGCUCCCGAUUACUACACCCCCGAGGAUCGAGGUGUCUUGUUCGCGCAUCAAUGUACGCGACAACUGUCGGCGUCUCCACCACCGACCUUCUACCCUCUGCCGUAUGAUGCCUACCGACAGACAGCCUAUGCCCCGCCCAUCUACCACACGGUGCCUAGCAUGUACCACGGCAUGGCGUUCCCAACCGAGUAUGGGCACUCACCCCACGGACUCAUCCCAGCGGCCCAUGUUGGGGCCAGAAAACCCCCGUACGACGAGGACAUGAUCAGUCCGUUCAGCAUGAGCUACGCCACGAUGGCGGGCAUCGACCUCUGCGCACCGCAGCCACAGUCGCAGCCGGAGCCUGGCAUGCCGAUGCCAUCACUCGCAUACGGCUACACAGAGGAUCAGCGCGCCCCGUCAACGUCGCCGGAAACUUCGAUCUUCACGUUUCCUCUGACGCCCGAGUCAGCCCCAUGCUCUCCUCGUUCUAUGCCAGGACUGUACGAGUAUGAUCUACGCCCGUAA